AUGCAUGUCUCUCGACCAAAAACACUUCUUCAUUCCGAGGGGCGAUUGCUACAGGCCUCGGGAGAACAAAGCGAAUCCUUCGGGAAGGCCUUCUGGGCAACUCAGCGCGAAGAAGUGUUGCGCUGCACUGUAAAGGGCGAGCUUUCCCUGCUUAUGCUGGGCCCUGUAGCGGCAGCUUUCGCUAGGGCAGGCGAGCUCACACCAGCUCUCGCUUCAGCAGCAGCACGGCGAUUUUGCGCAGCCUUCAAAGUUGAAAGCAGAGCGGAUACCUCCCCGCAUUUGCUGCAGGAGAUUAUCCAACCGGAUAAACGGGAUUCUUUUGCAUCACGAUGGCCGAGCACCUUCGAAAACUUUAAAAGUGCUGCAACUGUGCUUUUAGCCAUGAAGGAAGCUGAUCUACUAACUGAUCCUGAUGCAGGGCCUGCGGCCCGUGCACUUCAAGAUGCAUUAUUAGUAUCGUUGCAGUUCCAGAGGAGCUCUGCAACCUUCAGCGACCUGCGGCGAGUACUUCUUCUUCUGGGUGCAACAGCGGAGCCGCUGGGAAUUUGCCCGACAACAGCACGAGAGCUGCUUAAAGCGACAAAAAAGCAACUGUGGAGAUUGAGUAGAAGAGAUCAAGGAGCCGAAAAUAGAGAUCCAAGGGAUAGCAUUUCAUUGCUUUGGCCCUUAGCAAGCAUUUCUGAGGCCCUAAAACUUCCGCCUCCCCAGAAGCAUUGCAGACACAAGAGCGAAUCUGACCGUGUUGCAUACACCAGCAAGGGAGAGCGCGGGGCACUACAGCAGGAUAGAGAUAUCGUAUUGAACCUUCUCAACGCCGACGUCUUCCGUGCACUGUCUUCUCGACUGCCGUGCAGUUCACUUGACCUAGCACUGGGUUAUAUUGGUUUGGAACGACUAGGACUGCACCACAGCGCAGACUAUGUCUUAGCUGCAUUUUCUGCAGCAGCAGGCGCAGCAAGCAGGGAGGAACUCUGCUGCCUUGGACGGGAGAUUCUACUGACGGGUGCCCUACAGAAUGCGCUGUGGGGGGCCUUUGCAGAUGCGGCUGCUACCGCACUUGAGAAGCAGUGGCAGGACACUUCAGACGGCCAGAAAAGCAAUGCACAGCAGCGCUCUGAGGCAGAACUUCUGCAAUGGUUGCGCUUUUGCGGCCGAGUUAUUUAG